UAUAUGUCUAAUCCAUAUAAAUUUGAAGACAAUCCUGUUGCAAAGGAAGUGGGAGACUACAUUAUAUACAAAAAGCCCCUUGGUAUCUGAUAGUGAUUAAUUAGGAAAGGGAAAAUGUGGAGAGGUCUUUUUGGGGAAAUCGAAGAAAUUGAAUAUCAAAGUAGCCGUAAAGCAAUCUAGACAUAAUGGGAUUUCGAAUGAAGAACGACUGAAAGAGAUAAUGAAUGUAAUUCAAUUUCAAGGUUUUAGAGUAGGGAAAUUUAAGUGAUGCAAAAAGUAAAGUCAGAGAAUUUAGUUGGAUUCUACGAUUUCAAAGUCUCUUAAAAUUACAUUUAUUUAUUUAUUGAAUAUUGUGAUGGAGGAACUUUGACAGAAUUUAUCAAAAAAAAGUAUUGAUUUCAGGUUCUAUAGGUAGUCCCAACAUUUCUGAUGAAUAGAUUGUUGAUAUAUUCAAACAAAUUGCUAAUGGAUUUUAAGCAUUGGUUAAAGAGAAUGUGAUACACAGAGAUUUAAAACCAGAUAACAUCUUGUUGCAUUAGAAUGUGAUAAAAAUAGCAGAUUUUGGGUUUGCUCGAUUCAUAGAGGGAAAUCCAGAAAAAGCAGGAUUAUAUACAUUAAAAGGGUAUGAAAAUUAUUAGAAUUGUUUAGUACACCCUUAUAUGUACCUCCUUAAAUAUUUGAUGAUAAAAAGUACUCGAACUAAUUUGAUAUUUGGUCAUUUGGAUGUAUUUUAUAUGAAUUGGCAUUUGGAAAGAAUAUUCAUGAAUCAAUCUAUGAUUUGGGCCAACUCAAAAUAAGAUUAGGGUCUUUUAAGGUUGUUUUAUGGUCAUUUUAUUUUCUAGAAUUAAAAAGUGCAAUUUCCUCAGAAUAAUCGAAACCCUAAAAUUCUGUAAAUGAUCAGCCGAAUGCUGGAAUAUUCUGAAGAGAAUAGAAUUACUUGGCCUUAGAUUUUUGAGAGUGACAUGUUUUUGUAAUCGCCAAAGCAGUUUUUAGAGAUUUAACAUGAGAUUUAGAUUAAGGAUAAUAACAAGUAUCAAGAGAAGUUAUCAAACUUAUAGGUAUUUACUAAAUUAUGUGAAUAAUUUGAAAAAAUAAAGUAAAUAUCAAUAAUUACAUAUAGUUGUGAUCAUUUUUUUUUAUUAAAAUGGAAAUGCAUUCUAUUUUACUUUUGGAAAUUCUUCUUGGAUAACUUCCGUUCAAAAAUCUAUGAACAGAGCAUCCAAGGUUUUUAAGUUAAUUAAAGGAAUGGUAAGAUUACAUCUAACAAAGCUUUAACCGAUUUAAUAGCAUAAUACAUUGAUGAUUUAAAAGUUGAAGUUUAAAAGUAAUUGCAGUUGUAUUGUACAAUCACUAAACAAUGGAUCGAAAAACCAAAGAAUUUAUCAAGCAAGACUAGCAAUUUUGAAGAACUCAGUUUAAUGAGCAAUAUAGAGAAAUGCGAUAAUAAGCAAUUAUUGUUUUUUGUAGAAAAGUAUGGGUUGUGUACAUUUCCAAAUGAAAUCGAUCUCAAUAUAAAAUAAAUGAUAAAAAUCAUUAAAGAUGAGCUAGCUUGA